UAGAACAAACGCACACUAUAUAUGCGUGUGUUUGGUUUCUGUGUUUGUGUUAGGUUUCUUUGUUACCGUUUUCAAUCUUUCCAAUUCUGAAUUCAAUUUCUUUCAAAUCGAUCAUCGAAUCAACCCAAUUUCUUCUCUGUUAGUUAGAAACCCAAACUGAUUCAUUCUUUCGUUAAUCUUUCUCGUUCGACCCAAUUUCUUCUCUGUUAGCGAAACUGAUUGAUUCUUUCGUUAAUCUUUGAUUACUCGAACCCUAAAAAAAAUUCUGAACGAUUCAACAUCGUCAUUUUAGGGUUUCAUGUUUCUGAACCCUAAAAUUCUUGAUUCGAUUUGAAAGAGAUAUGUAGAAAUGGAAAAGAAUUCUGCGUCCUUGCAACUUGUGACCAAACCAUUAAACGACAACGUUGCUAAGGAACUUGUUACUCCGAGUUCUCAUCCACAAUUAAGUCGUAAUGCUAGUAAGUUGCUAUAACUUUACAGGUUAAUUUGGCCCCUAAGAAAUUGCGUAGUUGCUUAAAGAAUUCUUAAGAGAAGUCCUGGGAUGCUGUAUUUGGAUGACCCAAUAACAUGAAUUUUUUUUUACCAAUUAUGCGGCUUACAAUAUGAAUUAUAUAUUCAUAUGGAAUCAAGAUGGUAUACAUGAAAAUUUUGAUGGUCUAAAUGCAAGCUGAAACUUCGCGAAGAAGGUUGUGUGACUUGGUAAUUUUGAUGUGAAAUUGAGUAUAUCAUAUGUCCCUCAAUGUCCCUUGAUGUCCCUAAAUUGAUGGUCCGAAUGGAACUUGAAUGUGAAUGCUUAUUCAUAACUUCAAAUAAACAGAAAAGAAUUUUAGCUUCUUGAUUGGACCUUAAAGAUGCUGCAAACCCUUUUGGACAAAAUAAGAUGUGUUUGGCACUUGUAGUCGAUGAAACUGCUGCAGUUCAUUUUCAGCUUUGGGGAGAUGAAUGUGAUUAUUUUGAUUCAGGUGACAUCAUCAUUUAUAUAACCAAUGGUAUCUUUUCCUAUCAGCGUGGUAACCUUGUUCUAAGGGCAGGUAAGAGAGGGAAGCUUGAGAAGAUAGGGGAAUUUACUAUGUCCUAUGUUGAGACACCAAACAUGAGUGAGAUUCAUUGGAUUUCAGAUCCAACUAAUCCUAAAAAGUAUAUCCAAGAGUAUGUCAUAUCUCCCUAUUCCUGUAUCUUUGGACUUGUAUUUUCCUUUGGUUAUCUGGUUGUUGGAUUUUGGCCAUUAUUUGGUUUCAAGCAUGUAAUUUGAGGAGAAAUAGCGGUGCACAUUAUUCUCUAUUUUACUCAAUAUGGAUAAAGCUUCUAGAGUAGCAGAUUGGUUAUGAUGCUCAUAGAUUUAGCUUGUGUGGCUUACUAGUAAUUUGGAACUUGUUACAAUUGUCUAUUUCGUUGAAACCCUGCAACAGUUUUUUUUGGAUUGCCUCAUAGAUUUAAUUGGUAGCGUGAAAAUUAAUAGUGAAUUUGGCAUUUGGAUCUUUGUCAAUGUGACAGCACAGAUUGUGGAGUAAUUUUGGAUGGAAGUUAGUAUUAGUGUUCCUUGAAUGAUGAUUGUAGAGCAUAUUUAGUUCCAUUUUUUAGUUGAUAUGUGUUGAUGGCUUCAGACUUGUUUUAAGAAAUCUCAGUUUGAGAAUAUGUUUGCUGAUAGUUUGUCUACAACUGAAGAUUGAAGACAUGUUUCUUUACUACCACUGCAAGUAUUUCUAUGUUGGUGGCUCAUUGGUGUGUUUGAAACUUAUGGUUUGAAGACACAUCUAAGUUGAUAUUUUUCUUUGUUGAACUGUUGGUCCUCUGAUGUGCUAAGUCACCUUUAGCACAAUUUGUGUAUCGUUGUUUCACUUUGUAGUCAUUAGACCUUCGGACAUUCACUUAUUGCGCUUCUGUCUUGUGUGAUUGAGGGCUUUUGACAGUUAAUGCAGUUGGAAAAACCCCUUCGAUGAGUGAGUUGAACGAAAUUCAUUCCGGGCUGGAGUACCAUGAAAUUCUAUUCUACCAAAAACCUAUAAAUUGUACUAAGUGGUUAAUCAGUUCAAAUAACCAUUAGGCAGUGUUCCGCGCCGCAUGUUGUCUCUUCAUCGUCCACCGCCACUUUCCACCUCCGUCGGUUCUCGGAAAAGUCAGUGGAGCGAGUUCGCAAUGUCUGGAUAUCGGGGCUGAUCCACCCUAACAAGGUUACCGAGGAUGAAAGGUCCAUGUUAUACACGGGUCAGAUCGAAAAGAUGCACCGAGCUAGGUGGAAGAAUGAGAGGACUCUUAUGGAGUUUGAGGAUCAUAGUGAGUCCAUUCAGCGUAAUUGGAAUAAAAUUAUUCAGGCAGCUUUCACAGUUUCACUUUCUUCAGCCGGAAAAAGCAUAAUAUUAACAUACUUGAUAGUGUUGAUUAACAAUGCUGCGGUUGAGAGUGCUUUGCGUGCCUUUGAUGGUGCCAUUCAUGUUCUUUGUUAAUGCAGUUGGAAAAACCCCUUCGAUGAGUGAGUUGAACGAAAUUCAUUCCGGGCAGGGGCUACAACUACUUUUGGAUCGUGUACUUGAUUAUUUUCCGUGUCCAAUUGAAGCUAGUAAUUAUUCUCUCGACCAAUCUAAGAAUGGGGAAAAGCAUUCACUCGUGGCAUUGGCUUUCACAUUGAAGGAUAGGAUUUGUCAAAUAACAUUUCUCAGAGUCUUUGAGGGUGUCGUUCGGAAGGGAGAUUUUAUUACAAAUGCUAACACUGGCAAGACGUUUGAGGUUCCUUAUGUAAUCGGGGUGCUUAAUAAUAUGCCUGAGCGGUUUCCAGAGGUUCAAGAGGCUAAUGCUGGAGAAAUAGUCACUCUAGCUUUGCCAAUGAAUCGACAGGGCAGGCCCUUUGAAGGAUCUAAAGGGUUCAUGAUGAUGAAUGUUGAAGAGCUAGAUUUGAAGAAUGUGAGAUAAUGUAGUAAAGAAUUUAUGAAUGUUUACAAGAAUGUAUGGCUAUGUGGUGUUUCAUGUGUGUUAUAUAAAAAGAGAAGUUUUGUGACUUUAAAUUAUAAAAUUAAAAUAUUAACUAGUAACUACUCCAACAGAAUGAUGUUAUAUGCAUAUUAAUGCUAUUUGUAUAUAGUACGUAGUAUCUAGACCUA